UUCAAAAUUAAAAAGUUUGUUAAAGUUUGAAUGUUUGGUUUCAUAUUUUGUAUCGUAUUUAUAUAAUAUAAUUGAAACUAAAGUGUUUUUGUUGUUGUUUUUGAGAUACUGGAUAUAUUACUUGAUAUUGGUAUAUGGUAUAGAGAAUAGUUAAUAGUAAAUGUAAUAUAUACCAUGUCCAUACAAGAUUAAUUAGGCUUGUUAAUAUGUGACCAGACAGUUUCAUUACCUAAUUAUUGAAAAGAUAAAUAAUAAGAAAAAAUAACUUCUUCAUGAAGAAAGUACGCUUUGAAAGUCCUGUAAAAAUCUUUGGAAACACAACCAUGAAUGAAUCUGAAUGCCAUUCUCCACGCCCGUUUAUUGAAAAACGUACAAACGUUACAACUGUUGGUUUUUAUAAUUAUCCAAAAUUAUUACCUUAUAGUCUGGACCCAUUGGAAAGGUUUGAAAAUAGUAAUAGUAUGCCCUAUCCUCAUAUACAGAAGACUCCUGUAGAAAACUAUAAAAUCUGUGAGGGACAGUGGUCGUUACCUUCAAAUGAUUUGGAAUUGAGUAUGCUUGAUGCUUCUAAUCAUGAGCCUAGGAAGCCAUGCCAAUAUGUACCUAUUGCUACUAAUAAUAAUGACAAGAGGCAAAGUAUUUUACCAGAAAACAUGUUAAAAGUUUUAUCAUCUGUAGAAAAUACUAAUAUGAAAACUUCUUCGAACAUAAUUAAUGAGGACAACAGUUUUUUUAUAAAACGUGGCAAUGUGGCUAAAAUAAAUCAUACAAAUUCUUUGCAAAAGCAAUUCAACAGGUUAAGUUUAGAUAAAGAAAAUAAUCCUAUAGCUAGAAAAAUGGAAUUAAUAAAGCCUAGUCUUUUUAAUCAAAUUCCAUUUAAGGAUCAUGUAAAUAAUGUAUGUAUGAAAUCUUUUGUUGAUACUACUACUACUGCUAAUACUGAUGUGGGUCAUGAUUGUAGUUGUCAUCAUUGUAUUAAAAUUUCAAAAAAUAAUAUGUGCUCUAUGCAACAACAGUCUCACAAGAUCAUAACCAACCAAUGUCAAACAAUGAGACAUUCAAAAACACCCCAGCUUUGUGCUUGUAUAGUUCAAUCUUAUUCUCCUACUAGAUGUACUCAUUGCAGUCAUUAUGUUCCUUUGAAUCAACAAGUAACAUACAGUUGUAAUAGUCAAGAAAAUUCAAGACAUACUCCUCUAAAUAUGGUUAAUAAAAAAACCUGGGCUAUAGAAAAGUAUGAAUGUGACAAUAAUGCUAAGAGUAUGGAGGUAGAGAAACCUGUUAAUUUGAAAGAAAAGAGAGAGCCAACUGUAUCAGAUUUGUUCAAAAUAAUUAAACUACAGAAUGAGCAAUUACAGCUGCUUCAAGAGAAAGUUGACAGGUUUAUUUCUAUGAACAAAACACCAAAUUCUCCAAUUGAAAGUUGUUCAUCUGAACAUAUUGCUCUUGAAACUGUUGAUUGUGAACAACAUAAAAUAUCAAUUGGAGUUAUGACAAGUUUUGAAAUGGUGAGAACUUCCACUGUAAUCAAUAAAGAGGUUGUGAAACAAAAAAGUGAAAAUGCCCAAAUACAAUGCAAUAGGUCACAGAUAAGUGUUAAAGAAGUAAUUUCAAAAUCACAACCUGUGAAUCAAAACUUUUUAGAGGGCAUAGCUCCCAUUUCCAAGACAGUACAGGUUGAAAGAGAUGAUUUGCAGUAUAAAAAUGCAUUAAAUGGGCUCUCUGAACAAGGUGUAGAGGAAAAAACAUUGAAUGAUUUAAGUUUGCACAAUAUCCAUGUUGAUAAUGAAAUCACCCCUCUCAUGUCUCCUGAACAAUCUUUAUAUUUGGAUAUAAGGGAUUAUAGCGAUUCUGAUUGUGGCAGCAAUGACCAAUCCAAUGUAGGAUGGACAUAUUAUAAUAAAGUAAUGACACAUGUAAAUGGAAUGUUGCAAGAUUCAGACAUGCCAUCUUCUGCUAGUGCAAUGUAUAGAAACACAAGACAACAAUGUGUACAGAUGCAAAUUGACAAAACGAAUGUUAGUGUGACAAAGAGAGUGAAAUUUGGCGAUGAUCCACUUGUUAUACAUCAACCACAUAUUUAUGCUACCUCUACUGAUACAAGUUUGAAGAUGAACCAGCUUGCAGCUAAGUACCUGAAAGGUAGAGCCCAACCAUUGGCAUCUCAACAGCCUAUUCCAGUGGCUAAAUCUACUGUACCAAUUGACAUGUCUUUUGCUACAAGGAAUUAUAUGGAGAGACAUAAAUUAUUGCAAGGUACACCAGAUUUACCAGCUAAAUCGCCACCAGUAACUGAUUUACCCAAAUUUUUAGAUAUCACUGCUUUAAAGCAACAACCCAAGUUAUUGUAAAUAUGUUGCAUAUAAUAAUAUGGUUGAAUUUACGUAACGAAAUAAGAACACAAUUCUGAACAGACAUUUAUUUAAACUUCAGAGAAAAUAACAGAGUAAACUCCUAAAUUGUAUAGGUAUAAUGUUCUCAUCUGUUUUUGGAACAGUCAACAUUGAUUAUAUUUAUAUGUUCAGUAUCAUUUAAUUAUACAACUCCGGCUACAUUAUUAAAUAUAUUUUUAUAAUUGUUUUACUUUUGUUUUGAAUAUCACAUUUUAGUGGAAACGAGAUGUGUUAGUGCAGUAAUGAAUAGGCCUAUGAAUCCCAACGUCUUUACAAAUAUUGAACAUUAUAAUUUUAAGUAAUCUUUAAUUCAUUGUUAGAGGUAUUUAAAUUUAUACAAAUUGUACUUCUUUAAUAAUGAUAAACAGAAAUUUAACAAAGUAUGUUAAAAAGUUAAUUUAUUUACAUACGAAGAAAUUUUAGAUGUUUAAUUUUAUACGUAAAAAAAAGUUUGUGCUUUUUUAUAUUGAUGUCACAUACACAACUGUAUGACAUGAUUAUGUAAGUAAAUGAAUUUUUGUAUGUAAUCUAUUUUGACUAAUUGUUUAUUUGUCAAUCCCCCUUACUUAGAAAAAUUAGCCUACUUACGUUAAUUAAUGAUUAAUUUAUAAAUUUGACAUUAAAUGUCAAAUCCAUAUAAAAAGACUACACAUUAUUUAGUGACCGACAAUAUUUAUUAGCAUUUGUAAGUAAGGGGGAUGCUAUUUAAAAUUUAAAAGUGACCUCGUAGUCAGUAAAAUAAUAUGAUAUUUUAGCUACUUCAAUAUUCUACACAAAAAUAUCAGUUUUUAAUGUUAUUUAAUGUAUAUGUCCACAGUAAAUUAAUAUUCACAUUGUUUUUCUUUUAUUCCUCAAAUUAAAACAAUACUUCAAUUUUAUUAAAUAUCUGUUCGUAUAUAGAUUUAUGAAAACUGGACACCAAAAUAACAAUUAAAAUACAUACCUUAUAUA